AUGUGGCAAUGGCUUGAACAGCCAGGGGUCAGGUGCCAGUGGACCAGCUCUGCGAGGGCAAGGUCCACAUCUGCUUUGUUCACGCUCAUAUCCCAACCCACAACAAGGAAUUGGGCAUACCGUUGGCCCGUGAAUGAAUGGAUGAAAAUGUAUACGUGAUCAUACAUGCAGAAUUGUGAAUUUGGGGUUGGUGUGUACCUGUGUGGGGAGGGGGUGAGUCUUGACUGUUUGUGAAUUGUCUGUGAGGCAAAACCAGUUUAACGUGUGUGUGUGUGUGUGUAGGUUGAUUAUCUAUGGGCAUCUCUGUCCUAUGACUUUUCCAGUAUGAGCAAGUAUGGUUGUUAACCAGCAUGUUUUUCCACAAAUGAGUUGGCUCUUCCCUUACACUUGCCACCACCCAGUGAGGUGGGGUGGUGGAAGGGGAGGAACCACGGAGGAGCCAGUAGCCAGGUUAGCAAGAACACUGGCCACAGCUCUGGUUACUGCUGAUGAGGAGGAGGGAGAUCUAACAAAAACAGACUGUCUUGGUGGAUUAUUUUCACGGAAUGGAGAGUGUAAGAGUUUAAUCAGUCAAGAAAUAAAACAGAAUUCAGCUAUGGCCCCAAGGAAGAGAGGUGGACGGGGGAUUUCAUUCAUCUUCUGCUGUUUCCGAAACAAUGAUCACCCAGAAAUCACAUAUCGGCUGCGAAAUGAUAGCAACUUUGCGCUUCAGACCAUGGAGCCUGCGUUACCCAUGCCCCCUGUGGAGGAGCUGGACGUCAUGUUCAGUGAACUCGUGGAUGAACUUGACCUCACAGACAAACACAGGGAAGCCAUGUUUGCACUUCCAGCAGAGAAAAAAUGGCAGAUAUACUGUAGCAAGAAAAAGGACCAGGAAGAAAACAAGGGAGCAACAAGUUGGCCUGAGUUCUACAUUGAUCAGCUCAAUUCCAUGGCUGCUAGAAAAUCUCUGCUGGCUUUAGAGAAAGAAGAGGAGGAAGAGAGAAGUAAAACGAUAGAGAGUUUGAAGACAGCACUAAGGACGAAACCAAUGAGGUUUGUAACCAGAUUCAUUGACUUGGAUGGCCUGUCUUGUAUUCUCAACUUUCUAAAGACCAUGGACUAUGAGACCUCAGAGUCUCGAAUACAUACCUCUCUCAUUGGAUGUAUAAAGGCGCUAAUGAACAACUCUCAAGGUCGGGCUCAUGUCCUGGCGCAUUCUGAGAGUAUUAAUGUUAUUGCUCAGAGUCUGAGCACAGAGAACAUUAAGACGAAGGUGGCCGUGCUGGAAAUCUUGGGCGCUGUGUGCCUGGUUCCCGGGGGCCACAAGAAGGUUCUGCAGGCCAUGCUGCACUACCAGAAGUAUGCCAGCGAGAGAACCCGCUUUCAGACGUUAAUUAAUGACUUGGACAAGAGCACGGGGCGGUAUCGAGAUGAAGUGAGUCUUAAGACUGCCAUCAUGUCCUUCAUUAAUGCAGUGCUAAGCCAAGGCGCAGGAGUGGAAAGUUUGGACUUUAGACUUCAUCUUCGCUAUGAAUUUCUGAUGUUGGGAAUUCAGCCUGUAAUAGAUAAAUUAAGGGAACAUGAAAAUUCAACAUUAGAUAGGCAUUUAGAUUUUUUUGAAAUGCUCCGAAAUGAAGAUGAGCUAGAAUUUGCCAAAAGAUUUGAACUGGUUCACAUAGACACAAAAAGUGCUACUCAGAUGUUUGAGCUGACCAGGAAGAGGCUCACCCACAGUGAAGCUUACCCUCACUUCAUGUCCAUCUUGCACCACUGCCUCCAAAUGCCUUACAAGAGAAGUGGCAACACAGUUCAGUACUGGCUACUGCUAGAUAGAAUUAUACAGCAGAUAGUUAUUCAGAAUGAUAAAGGUCAAGACCCUGAUUCCACACCUUUGGAAAACUUUAAUAUCAAGAAUGUCGUCAGGAUGUUGGUUAAUGAAAAUGAAGUUAAGCAGUGGAAAGAACAAGCAGAAAAAAUGAGAAAAGAGCACAAUGAGUUACAACAGAAGUUGGAGAAGAAAGAGCGAGAAUGCGAUGCCAAGACCCAGGAGAAGGAAGAGAUGAUGCAGACCUUAAAUAAAAUGAAAGAGAAGCUGGAGAAGGAGGCCACCGAGCACAAGCAAGUGAAGCAGCAGGUGGCGGACCUCACGGCCCAGCUGCACGAGCUCAGCAGGAGGGCUGUCUGCGCUUCACUCCCCAGUGUAUCCUCACCUGGAGCCCCCGGGGGACCCUUUCCUUCCUCUGUGCCAGGGUCUCUCCUCCCUCCCCCACCACCCCCACCUCUGCCAGGUGGAAUGGUUCCUCCUCCGCCUCCUCCCCUCCCCCCAGGAGGCCCCCCUCCUCCCCCAGGGCCUCCUCCUUUGGGGGGAAUCAUGCCACCUCCUGGUGCCCCCCUGGGUCUGGCACUCAAGAAGAAGAACAUUCCUCAGCCCACAAAUGCCCUGAAAUCCUUCAAUUGGUCGAAGCUGCCUGAGAACAAACUGGAAGGAACAGUGUGGACCGAAAUUGAUGAUACAAAAGUCUUCAAAGUUCUAGAUCUUGAAGACCUGGAAAGAACUUUCUCUGCUUAUCAAAGACAACAGGAUUUCUUUGUGAACAGUAACUCCAAGCAGAAAGAAGCAGAUGCCAUUGAUGACACACUGGGCUCCAAACUUAAAGUCAGAGAGCUUUCGGUGAUCGAUGGUCGGAGAGCUCAGAAUUGCAACAUCCUUCUCUCGAGGUUGAAAUUAUCCAAUGAUGAAAUCAAACGAGCAAUUCUAACCAUGGAUGAGCAGGAGGAUCUGCCCAAGGACAUGUUGGAACAGCUCUUGAAAUUUGUUCCUGAAAAAAGUGAUAUUGACCUGUUGGAGGAACAUAAGCAUGAACUGGAUCGGAUGGCCAAGGCUGACAGAUUCCUUUUUGAGAUGAGCAGAAUUAAUCAUUAUCAACAAAGACUGCAAUCGCUGUACUUCAAAAAGAAGUUUGCAGAGCGUGUAGCAGAAGUGAAACCCAAAGUAGAAGCAAUUCGUUCUGGCUCAGAAGAGGUGUUUAGGAGUGGUGCCCUGAAGCAGUUGCUGGAAGUGGUUUUGGCAUUUGGGAAUUACAUGAAUAAAGGCCAAAGAGGCAAUGCAUAUGGAUUCAAGAUAUCCAGCCUAAAUAAGAUUGCCGACACCAAAUCCAGUAUUGACAAGAACAUUACACUUUUGCACUAUCUCAUCACUAUUGUGGAAAAUAAAUACCCCAGGGUUCUCAAUCUAAACGAGGAGCUGCGGGACAUUCCUCAAGCAGCAAAAGUAAACAUGACUGAGCUGGACAAAGAAAUAAGCACGUUGAGAAGUGGCCUGAAAGCAGUAGAGAUGGAGCUGGAAUAUCAGAAGUCUCAGCCCUCACAGCCCGGAGAUAAGUUUGUGUCUGUUGUCAGUCAGUUCAUCACUGUAGCCAGCUUCAGCUUCUCUGACGUUGAAGAUCUUCUAGCAGAAGCUAAAGACUUGUUUACUAAAGCAGUGAAACACUUUGGGGAAGAGGCUGGAAAAAUACAACCGGAUGAGUUCUUUGGCAUUUUUGAUCAGUUUCUUCAGGCUGUGUCAGAAGCCAAACAAGAGAAUGAAAACAUGAGAAAGAAGAAGGAGGAGGAGGAGCGCCGAGCUCGUAUGGAGGCUCAGCUCAAAGAACAACGUGAAAGGGAACGGAAAAUGAGGAAAGCAAAAGAGAACAGUGAAGAAGGCGGAGAGUUUGAUGACCUGGUUUCCGCUUUACGCUCAGGAGAAGUGUUUGACAAAGACCUUUCCAAACUGAAACGGAAUCGCAAGCGCAUCACCAACCAGAUGACGGACAGCAGCCGGGAGAGACCGGUCACAAAACUUAACUUCUAAUUUCCCUUGAAUACUUUUUUAGAAAGCUCAUUAGCAGCCCUUUGAAGUGACUAGAACUUUUCAUUACACUGCCUUGCAAUCCAAACAGUGGCAAUUUCUCCUUUCAUCUGUGGGUGAAUGUGUGAACAUGUGUGUCUGUAUGUGUGUGUAUAUAUUAAGAAGUGUAUAUAGAAGUCUGAGUGUUGUCUGGAGACCUAUAUGUUUGGUUAAAAAAGAAAAAAAGUCUAUGUCUAUGUAUGUGCUCAGAACCCCUUUGUGUAUGCAUUCGUAUUGAGUGUGGCUCAUCUUCUUUCCCCGAACACCAUGACUGUUCAGAAGCACAAUACUGUCUCCUGAAAGAGAUACGGAGACAUUCCCUAGAGUAAAAAGAAAAACAAAAAAUAAAUAAAUAUAGCUUGAGAAAUAUUUUAUGGUUUCCAAGCUUGAUAUACUUUGAAAUUAUUUUCAUUGGUGAAACUGGUAUUGGAAAAAUAUAGAUUUCAAAUGGUUUUUGAUAGUUGACAAGUACGAUGCUGGUGCAUUGCAUCAGUAAUUGACAGGACCAGCUUAGAAUUUCUGACGUUGGUGUGGGGAUGCAGUCUGUAAAUGAUUAUGGAGAACAUCUUGCACACAAUCUGAAUUUUAUAGAAUGUCAAUCAGAGUUCUUUUAUAUGUUUAAAACCUGGACAUCAGUUUCCCUCCUUAAUUUCAUCGAGUUCUCUGCCAAGCACUCAUGAUGAUUUCUUUACAUUGCUUUUGGAAAGAACACUACUUUAUCUAAAUGCAAUCCAUGCUCUUGUUAAAGAACAAAAUUACCAUAUUGUGCUUGUUUUCCUAACAGUAUAGAACUAUAAACUUUCAAAUUUCCAACCCAAGACCUAAAAGAAAGAAUUCUCUGAAAGGAUAAAAAUGAUUAAAAAAAAAUUUAUGGGGUGCCUUUUUUUUUUUUUGGUAUCUUCUGUUCUGUAGGACAAGCUGCAUCUUCUAUAAAUGUUUCUGAACUAAAGAACACUUAGUGAAUGCACAAAAUGUCACCACCACCAACAGAGAUGCCAAGAUCUAUUUAUCUCUAAGUAUGUUUGAAGUGGUUUGCUGUUUAUAUGUUGUCAUUUUAAAUUGUGUGUCAGUUACGCUACCUGUAAAAUUUCAGUCCAAAAGAUAAAGCUCUCAGGGAGAAAUGAAUAAAAACAAUGAACAUUAGAAAAUAAAAUAUAGAUGCUUACCAUUAACCUACCAACUCUUAAUAUCCUUAAGUUAUAUGAUAUAUACAGAGGACUGUUACUUUUUUUUUUUUUUUGCUUUGCUUUAUUUAUUUGUAGUAGGGGAGGGGCUAAGGUUCUCUAUUUUCUUUCCAUCAAUCCUGUUGUGGUUGGGUUUCCUGUGGAGAGUAGUUUGUCCUAUUGCACUAGAACAUUAUUUACGCACUAAAUUGAGUUUCAGUCAAUUAACGAAUAUUUAUUGAAACACCUACUAUGUGCCAGGCAUUGUAGGGCUACAGUGGUAAGCAAGACAGAGCCCCUGCCCCCAGGGAGCUUAUGCUGUAAUGGGGACAGUUAAGGGGCAAACAGAAUACCAAUGUGUGUGCUGUAUAGGAAUCGUGCUAUUUAAAAAUAAUUUGUAUAAACUAUAAUGCUUAGUGCAGAGGGCAAGGUCUCUGCACUACGUGAAAGCUGUGAAAUAGUGCUCUAAGAGUUGGCAAGAGCCGUGGUUUUACGUUCUUCCCCCUCAUUGCAAACUUAGCGACUUUCUACAUAUUACACAGAAGUAAAUGACUAGGAGAUAAAACAGUCACAAAUAUAUAGCAGACGUCGCGCUCCCCCAGCUCCUAGGUAUCAAAGUCUGCAAGUAUACUGUGUCGAAGAUGCAGACUGAGACUUCGCUCAGAAAAGCUUGGAGGUGAGGAGAAGUGGGGUACGCUAGUGGGGUUUGUCUAUUCCUUAACUAAAGUGCCUCUAUAUAUAUUCUUUUCUAUUUAGAGCAGGAGAAAUUUGAUCUGGCUUGAGUUUGGGACUAACUUUUGAAAAUGGCUUUGUUUUCCAGUUUAAGGAAUGGGCAAGUGGAGGGAGUCACAUAAAGGAGCAAGUUUGUGUAGCAUGUUCCUCUCGCCCUUUGUAAUCAUCCUCGUUUUGAUAUGGCCAUCCUGGUAGGCCUCCUUUGCCAUUUCCGUUUUUUGUUUCUUUCCCCGAAAGCUGUGUGCAGGUCAUUCCAUGUGCCAUUGUUGGAAAAAAGAAAAAAAAAACACCUACUUUUUAGAUUGGUGCUGGUGUAAGUAGCCACUUUUUCUCUCUUGGGUGUGUAUUUUAAAAGUUUUUGUUUGUUUUUUUAAAUUAAUGCCAAAAAGACAAAGCAUUAUAAUUUGUAAACUUAAUUAUAUGUCUUGUAUCUUAUUAGUUUAGUAGUUGGAACCACUUAGUCUUUAGGUGCAAGACUGUUGUUAUAGUACCAAGAAAAAAAUGUUGUAUGUGUUAUGAGACUGUACAUUUUUUUAAAAUAGCAAUAUGCAAUAAAGAAAUGAAUUCAUUACA